CAGGUAAGCCCGCUACUAUCAGCUAUUGGGUUCUUCCUGUUACGGUUCUUUUGUAUAAAUUUUUCCUUAAUAAAAAAGGUUUGUUCCUUUAGAGGCUGGAAGUGUGAAUCAUGUAACUUUGCAGAGCCGCAAUUGGUGUCUGUCACUUUCUUGUUAGGAUAAAUUCAAACGCGGAGGGAUCAAAUGUGCUUUACUAUGACAUGGCUUCUGCUUGUCAUUUCUCGGUGUUGAUAGUAGCUACCCAGAGAUAUCCAUACGGAGAUUAUGUUUAGAAACACAGGAACAAUAUUGCAUUUUCACAGAAAAUGCUGCCACAUUUUCACUAUUUCAAAGAGAUUGUCAUCCUUGCCUGUUGGGCCCCAUGAGUUGCCUAAGAGACCCAUUCCAUUUGUGGAUGGCACUUUUCAAGAAGACCCAAGAACCAUUGAAGGUGCAAGAGAAGAAGUUGACCAUGUGUGUCAGGUUUUGGAGAGUGGUCCUUGGGGUCCAGCCCUUGAGAGUGCUUUAUCUGUGCUUGAAGAAAGAACUCAACCAAACUUGGUUAUUGGAGUCUUGAGGAAGCUUCAGGAUGUAAACCUUGCAAUAAAUUAUUUUCGAUGGGUUGAGAGGAAAACUGACCAGGCACAUUGUCCAGAAGCUUACAAUUCACUUCUUAUGGUGAUGGCUCAGAGUAUGAACUUUGAUUGUCUGGAACAAAUUCUUGAAGAAAUGAGUGUUGCAGGAUUUGGCCCAUCCAAUAAUACAUGUAUUGAGCUAGUUGAUAGUUGUGUCAGGUCGCAAAAGCUGAGAGAAGCUUUUGAUAUCAUACAGACUAUGAGAAAAUUUAAAUUCCGCCCAACUUUUUCUGCUUAUACAACUCUGAUUGAUGCUCUUUCUGUUCUCCAAGAAUCCAAUCUCAUGCUCAAUCUUUUUCAUCAGAUGCAGGAGCUGGGUUAUGAAUUGAGUGUCCAUUUGUUUACAACAUUCAUUCGUGUCUUUGCCAAGGAAGGUCAAGUUGAUGCUGCUUUCUCCCUUUUGGAUGAGAUGAAGAGCAAUUCUGUUAAUGGUGAGAUUGUUCUUUACAAUAUUUGUAUAGACUGCUUUGGUAAGGUGGGUAAGGUGGAUGUGGCAUGGAGAUUCUUUCAUGAGAUGAAAGCACAUGGGCUAAUGCCUGAUGAGGUGACUUACACAAGCAUGAUUGGUGUUCUCUGCAAGGCAAACAGACUCCAUGAAGCUGCAGAAAUAUUUGAGCUGAUGGAGCAGAAAAGGGAUAUACCUUGUGCAUAUGCCUAUAAUAACAUGAUCAUGGGUUACGGAUCAGCUGGGAAAUUUGAUGAAGCAUACAGUUUAAUAGAAAGACAAAAGGCAAAGGGCUGCAUUCCAGGUGUUGAUUCAUAUAAUUGUUUUCUUACUUGCCUUGGGAAAAAGGGCAAAGUGAAGGAGGCAUUAAGGAUCUUUGAGGAGAUGAAGAAAGAUGCUGCUCCUGAUCUUGCAACGUAUAAUAUUCUCUUAGAAAUGUUAUGUAAGGCUGGAAAUGUUGAGGAUGCUUUUAGGGUUCGGGAUGUGAUGAAAGAAGCUGGUUUAUAUCCCAAUGUUAUGACCAUAAAUAUCAUGGUUGAUCGACUAUGUAAAGCAAAAAGAGUUGACGAGGCUUGUUCUUUAUUUGAAAAUAUGGAUCAUAAAGUUUGCUCCCCUGAUGAGAUCACAUUUUCUUCUAUUAUUGAUGGCUUAGGGAGACAUGGUCGAGUAGAUGAUGCCUACAGGCUUUAUGAGAAGAUGUUGGACUUUUAUAAGGUUCCAAAUGCUGUUGCAUGUACAUCCCUCAUCAGAAACUUCUUCAGCUGUGGCAGGAAGGAGGAUGGUCAUAAGAUAUAUAGAGAAAUGCUUCACAGGGGCUGUGCCCCUGAUUUAAUGCUCCUUAACGUAUACAUGGAUUGUGCUUUCAAAGCCGGAGAAACUGAGAAGGGUAGGGAUUUGUUUGAGGAAAUUAAGGCACAAGGAUUAAUUCCAGAUGCACAAAGCUAUUCAAUCCUGAUUCAUGGCCUUGUGAAAGCUGAUUUUGCGCAUGAAACCUAUGAUUUGUUCUAUACAAUGAAAGAACAAGGUUGUGUUCUGGAUACCUGUGCUUACAAUGCUGUUAUCAAUGGAUUCUGCAAGUCAGGUAAGGUGAACAAGGCUUAUCAUCUGCUAGAAGAAAUGAAGACAAUGGGUCAUCAACCCACUGUUGUUACCUAUGGUACUCUCAUUGAUGGACUUGCUAAGAUUGACAGGCUUGAUGAAGCAUACAUGCUUUUUGAAGAAGCAAAAUCAAAGGGCGUUAAGCUGGAUGUAAUCAUCUAUACUAGUCUUAUUGAUGGUUUUGGAAAAGUUGGAAGAAUAGAUGAAGCAUAUCUGAUCUUAGAAGAGCUAAUGCAGAAAGGUUUGACACCAAAUGUUUACACAUGGAAUUGCAUGCUUGAUGCUUUAGUGAAAGCAGAAGAGAUUGAUGAAGCCCUUGUCUGCUUCCAGUCAAUGAAUGAAUUGAAAUGCACUCCUAACCAGGUGACUUACAGCAUUCUCAUUAAUGGUCUGUGCAGGGUUAGAAAAUUCAAUAAGGCCUUUGUAUUUUGGCAAGAGAUGCAAAAGAAGGGGUUAAAACCCAACACAAUCACCUACACCACCAUGAUCUCUGGGCUUGCAAAGGCUGGUAACAUCACAGAAGCUCAAGAACUAUUUGAGAGAUUUAAGGCUGGUGGCGGUUUAGCUGAUGCUGCUAUAUAUAAUGCUAUGAUUGAAGGGUUAAGUUAUGCAAAUGGGGCAGUAGAUGCUUAUAGGCUUUUUGAAGAAACACGAAGGAAGGGUUUCAACAUUCAUACCAAAACCUGUGUUGCUCUUUUGGAUGCAUUGCAUCAGGCUGAACAUCUUGAGGAGGCAGCAAUUGUUGGAGCUGUAUUGAGAGAAAGAGCCAAGUCUCAGCAUGCUUCAAGAUAUUGGUGAUAUCAAUGUUUCCCCAAGGUAUCAAGUUUUGGUUUACCUGCGAUUAUCUGAUCAAACGAGUGUUUACUCAUAACACAGGGACCAGAUGAUAUUUUAUUGAAAACUCAUCAUCUUAUGAGGAGCUUCGUGGGGUUUAAGUUGCUGCUGGUAAAGUGUUUUCUCAUCUUGUCAAGUGCACUAUUAAGUUAGCAAUAGAAUACAGCCACAAACUACUAAUUUGCAUAUAAUUUCCCUUCAAGAGCGUUACUUCUGUUAUAAAAGAGAGAGUAAGUAAGAAGUGUUGUUGGAGAAAUUGGUUAUUCUUCAUUUGUAUUUAUACAAAUUGGUAAAUUAGCAAUUUCAUUUUUUUACUUCAAUAAAAUUAAUUAACUCAA